AAGAAGCCCUUGAGGAAUUUCACCAUGAUUUCAAUAAUUUCCAUCCCACCAUCAACCUCAGCCUAGAUCAAUCCACACAAGCGGUCCAUUUCCUGGACACUACUGUGCUAAUAAGCGAUGGUCACAUCAAUACCACCCUAUACCGGAAACCUACUGACCGCUACACUUACCUACAUGCCUCCAGCUUCCAUCCAAGACAGGCCCAACAAAGAAAAUAACAGAACACCACUAGCUGUCACCUUCAGCCCCCAACUAAAACCUCUCCAGCGCAUCAUCAGAGAUCUACAACCUAUCCUGAAAGAUGAUCCUUUACUCUCACAGAUCUUGGGAGACAGACCUGUCCUCGCUUACAGACAACCCCCCAACCUAAAGCAAAUACUCACCAGCAACCACACAUCACUGAACAAAACCACUAACCCAGGAACCUAUCCUUGUAACAAACCCCGAUGCCAACUCUGUCCACAUAUCUAUUCAAGUGACAUCAUCAUAGGACCUAAUCACAUCAGCCAUACCAUCAGGGGCUCGUUCACCUGCACAUCUACCAAUGUGAUAUAUGCCAUCAUGUGCCAGCAAUGCCCCUCUGCCAUGUACAUUGGCCAAACCGGACAGUCUCUACGCAAAAGAAUUAAUGGACACAAAUCUGACAUCAGGAAUCAAAAUACUCAAAAACCAGUGGGAGAACACUUUAACCUGUCUGGUCAUUCAGUGACAGACCUGCGGGUGGCUAUAUUACAACAGAAAAACUUCAAAAACAGACUCCAAAGAGAGACUGCAGAGCUAGAAUUGAUAUGCAAACUAGACACAAUCAACUCUGGUUUGAAUAAGGACUGGGAAUGGCUGAGCCAUUACAAACAUUGACUCUAUCUCCCCUUGUAAGUACUCUCACACCUAUUAUCAAACUGUCUGUACUGGGCUAGCUUGAUUAUCACUUCAAAAGUUUUUUUUUCUCUUAAUUAAUUGGCCUCUCAGAGUUGGUAAGACAACUCCCACCUGUUUAUGCUCUCUGUAUGUGUGUAUAUAUAUCUCCUCAAUAUAUGUUCCAUUCUAUAUGCAUCCGAAGAAGUGGGCUGUAGUCCACGAAAGCUU